AUCAAACCGCGAGAACCCCGACUCACGCGCUAGUCAGUAGUCACUACCAUGAUCCACGAUACUCCCUCCUCCGCCAAACAAAGACUGAGCGACUGAUUGCCGAUAUGGGAUCCUUGAAUCCUAUGCUUCUCAGAGGCGUAUCUCUCCUCCGCGUCCGUCUCCACCACCACCACCACCGGCUGGGCUUUGGGUUUGGGAUUGGGAUUGCGGGGGCGCCGAGUCGCAGGGCGUGCUGCACCGAGUCGAUUCGGGCGGAGGAGAGUAGUUCGUCCUCUGCGGACAACUCCUCCUCGACGCUAAGAGGCGUGCUGAGCGUGAACGAGGCACCCAAGUAUCCGCGGUGGGACGACCCUGACUACUGCAAGUGGAAAGAUAAGGAAGGCGAGAUUCUGAGGGACGUGGAGCCUAUAGUUUUGCUUGCCAAAGAGAUUCUCCAUUCGGAUAGGUAUAUGGAUGGUGAGCAGCUAACACUUGAAGAUGAAAAAGUUGUGGUGGAAAGGCUUCUGGCGUAUCAUCCGCAUUCCGAAGAUAAAAUUGGCUGCGGAAUUGAUUCUAUAAUGGUUGAUCGGCAUCCCCAAUUCAAACACUCAAGGUGCCUAUUUGUCAUAAGAACUGAUAGUGUAUGGAUAGACUUCUCCUACCAGAAGUGUCUUCGAGCAUAUAUCCGAGAUAAGUACCCAACCCAUGCAGAAAGAUUCAUUCGAGAACAUUUUAAACGUGGUAGUGGCUAAUGUGUAAUGCCUCUAAUUGCACUUAUUGGAGUUUAAUUUUGCUUUGGCAAUUAGAUCGACAUGGUAUGAUAUUCAAAUUUUACAUGUGGGAAGGGAAUGUCUCUAUUGUUACAAAAUGUCAAUGUAGUAGAUAAUCUUUGACUGAAGACAUAUUCUCUAGGAAUGAGGAUGAAAGAAAUGAUUGAAGUGAACUGCACUUUGUUGA